AGAAGGUGUAUGUUAGUACACACUCAAUCCUCCCGUGGCUCGCACGACUCCCGACGUGACGAGCGCCGGCGAAUUCGGCUGCGGCUGUGACCGACUUUUUUCUCUCUCUCUCUCUCUCUCUCUCUCUAUCUAUCUAUCUAUCUCUUCUUCUCCUCCCUUUCUCUCUUUUUCCUUUUCUCCUCUCUUUUCCCUCUUCCUAUCUCUUUCUCUUUCUCUCUCUCUCUCAAUCUUAGUCUCAUAUCACCUAUUCCUCUCUCCGUCUCUCUCGCUCGCUCCUAUCAGUCUCUAUCAAGAGCUCUCUCCCCCUCCCUUUUAACCAACUCCAUAUAUCCUCUCUUUUCGUUUGGCGUACUCCUGAUCGUUUCACGCGAGAGUGGCGAGCGAGUCGCCCGCCGACGAGGAUCGGUAGUUGAGAGAGUAGUAUCACGGAUUGCGAUCCUCUGAAACGCACGCGCACGCUUUCGAGGAUCGCCCGAAAGAGAGAAGAGUCGCGUGCUAGAGCGAUAUAUCGGGAAUCGGCCUUUUCCAUUUCUUAUCUUUUUUGUUGUUGUUGUUUCUUAUUUUUUUUUCGCUAUUUUUUUUUUUUUUUUUUACUUUUUUCUCUUUUUUCUCUUCAUUCGUCUUUGAGAAAAAGAGAGGGGCCCCUUACCUCAUUCAACGAUAUAUAUAUAGAUACAUAUAUAUAUAUAUAUACACAUAUAUAAAAAAUAUAUAUAUAUACACACACAACAUAUAUAUAUAUAUAUAUAUAUAAAAUUGGUGAUACCGCGAAGCAACAAACACUUGAGUGUAUAUCGUUACGGUACCGAUCGAUUGUAUCGAGUAUUAGUUAUCGACUAUCGUUCACACUACAACCGGGAUCUAUUUAUCGACAAGAAAAAGACGAACUCGACAAUAUGUUGGUGGAACACGCGGCACAGUGGAUCUGGAAAGCGAUGGGCGGCACCAGGAUCGAGGCUCUAUACACCCUCCUCGUGUUCUUGGGUGUACUCCUGAUUGUGAGGUGCAUUCAGUGGCUGAGGUACAUCCGUACCCUACCGCCCGGCCCGUGGGGCGUGCCAGUCUUUGGCUACCUACCUUUCCUCAAAGGGGACGUCCACCUACAGUACGGCGAGCUGGCAAAGAAGUACGGCUCGAUGUUUAGCGCACGCCUCGGAACACAACUCGUCGUUGUUUUAAGCGAUUAUCGGGUUAUCCGCGAUACUUUCCGUCGCGAGGAGUUCAGCGGUAGACCGCACACAGAAUUCAUCAACAUCCUCGGUGGAUACGGUGUCAUUAAUACCGAGGGAGCUAUGUGGAAGGAUCAAAGAAGGUUCCUUCAUGAGAAACUUCGUAGUUUCGGAAUGACUUACAUGGGUGCUGGAAAGAAGAUCAUGGAGUCUAGAAUUAUGAGAGAGGUCGAUACUUUUAUCCAAGGUUUAUUGUCGAGACAAGGAGCACCGACGGACGUAUCACCUUCCCUCGGUAUGUCGAUCAGCAAUGUGAUUUGUUCGAUCAUCAUGGGAGUUCGCUUCCAUCACGGUGAUUCGAGAUUCAAAAGGUUCAUGGAUCUGAUCGAAGAAGGAUUCAAGUUAUUCGGCAGUAUAGCGGCUGUUAAUUUUAUCCCGAUUAUGCGUUAUCUUCCUUGUCUUCAAAAAGUUCAAAACAAGAUCUCGCAGAAUCGUGCCGAAAUGGCUGAUUUCUUUCAAGAAACGGUCGACCAGCAUCGAGUCACCUUCGACGAGAACAACAUUCGCGAUCUCGUCGACGCUUAUCUCUUGGAAAUCCAGAAGGCUAAGGCCGAAGGACGCGAGGCACUGCUGUUUCAAGGCAAGAAUCACGAUCGUCAAAUGCAACAGAUUCUCGGAGAUCUUUUCUCCGCCGGCAUGGAAACGGUCAAGACCACAUUGGAAUGGGCAGUGAUUCUCAUGUUGCACCACCCCGAGGCUGCUAAAGCGGUACAGGAAGAAUUGGAUCAGGUAGUCGGAAGAUCGAGAAUGCCGGCAUUGGAGGAUCUACCGUUUCUUCCGGUGACCGAGGCAACGAUCCUCGAAGUUUUAAGAAGAUCGAGCAUCGUCCCGUUGGGAACGACUCAUGCUACCACAAGGGAUGUAACAUUGAACGGUUACACGAUACCGGCUGGCUCACAAGUUGUACCACUAUUACAUGCAGUACACAUGGAUCCGGAAUUGUGGAAUGAACCAGAGGAGUUUCGUCCUACUCGUUUCCUUUCCGCCGAAGGAAAGGUCUGUAAACCGGAGUAUUUCAUGCCGUUUGGUGUCGGUAGGCGGAUGUGUCUCGGCGACGUGCUAGCGCGCAUGGAACUCUUCCUAUUCUUCAGUUCGCUCUUACAUACAUUCGAUCUUAGGCUACCUGAGGGCGCCUCGUUGCCGAGUUUGCGCGGUAACGCAGGUGUCACCGUAACCCCAGAUCCAUUCAAGGUUUGCCUAUUUCGAAAGAACCUCGAUCUCCUCGAGUGCGACCCGAACGAACCUUCUAGCGGGCCACUUCGUAACGUUGGCAGUCUCUGAAUGAAGAAGUUACGGCCCCGAGACGAUCACGGUUGUUGUUCCUAUCGCUUUAUCGGAGGAAAUGAACUUUCGUGCUCCUCGCCGAGCGUGUGCCGACGGAUAGAAAGAGAGAGAGAGAGAGAGAGAGAAAGAAAGUAAGCAAAAAUGAAUGAAUGAAAGAAGGAAAGAGAAAUAGAGAAGAACACAAUAUUCUCAAAAUCCUAUAUCGACGAGUAACGAAAGGAUUUUGAUUCUAAUGAAGGAUCGGAAAAGAUUAAGAAUCGCGUGAAUAUUAACGAAGAUUAACGUAACGAAGGAAACGAGGAUCGGAUAAAUAAGUUUCUUCUCGAUUUCUGAUCCUAUAAAUGAAAGAAAGAAUGAAAAAAAGAAAAAAGGAAAAAAGGAAAAAAGGAAAAAAAAAAAAAAAGAAAAUAUCUUUCCUCGGCCGCGCGGAUCAGAG